ACACGACACAAACCACAUCAUGUUGUCCGCCCGCAAGAUCCCAAGGGCGUGUCAAUCAUGCCGGCUUCAGCUUCUAUCGCUCUUCGAGAACGGGUUCACGAACUGCGCUCCAACAAGCGCUGCACGAGCACGAUACACCACUCGAAUCCAAGCACGACCUCAAGCUCUCCCACUUCGCCAGAAUGCCUCCCGCGCAUUUUCCACGACGAGAAUCCGCGCAGAAGAACUAAAAGUCGAUCUACCGGAAUCAUCUGCAGCUACGCAAGCUGACAUUGAAGCUGUGGUGAGACAAGCCAGGCAGACAUUUGGAGAAACCCUCCCGAAGGAUUAUUUGUCAAUUGAGGAAUAUGUGAUCUACGAACGAUUGUAUGGACCGCCCUUGAGAGACACGAAACCAGAGGAUCUCGAAUAUCUACCUGAAGGAGAGGAGGAGGUGGAUCUGGAUAAGGUGCGGAAUGUGCUGUUGAGGCAGAAUGAGAUGGGUGAUUAUGAGGAGAUUGAGUUUGAUCCUGAGUUGAGUUACACUGUCACGGAUGGAGAAGCAUUUCCAGAGGAAACAGACGAGAUGUACCUGGCAAAUGAGCAGGCAUUGGCUGAGGCGGAGGAGCUGGUUGGAGAGCUUGGGCAGGCUGUGGAGGUUGAAGAGGCUGUGGAAGGUCAAGAAGAGGAACUUUUGGCUAAUGAGGAGAUUGACGAAAAUGCGAUCAGAGUUCAGGGACGGAAUCAGCGAGAAGUCGACGCCAUAGCACGAUUACAAUUGGAUAUGGAUGCAGCUUUGUCCAAACCCAUCGAAGAGGAAGAGGAAGACGAGAUUGAGGAGGAAUAUGAAGAGGAAGAGGAGGAGGAGCUAGAGGAGGACGAGGAGGAAGAUGAUGGCAUAUGGAUCAGCUCGGAUGCUGUUCGCACGCAUCCCCAUACAAUGACUGGACGAUCAGGAACGAAUCCUACGACAUUAAGCUUUCCCAAGGAGACAUUUCUAGCACCCAUUUCAGAGUUACUGGCACGCGCCGACUCGAAACAUAUAACUGAUGCUGCAGAGAGAGUGUUCGGUGGCAAGGGUCUCCCAUACUCGUCAUCUGUGCCAGCGUCGAAAAAAAUGCUUCCUCAGAAGAACAUUGGAUUGGACGCUAUGCAGCACAAGAUGAGCGAAAUCGAAGCGGAUGCAUACCUGGCAGCGGUCAUGCCUGGAACAUUCGCAUCUAUCACGAAUACGCUGGUUGAAGUCCGGAAAAGGCUUGGAGGCCAGUGGGUUCGAGAUUUGCUAUUUAGAGAAGGUGGCGAAGGUCCGCGAGUGUUGGAUGCAGGCGGUGCAGGUGCUGGAGUCAUUGCAUGGCGGGAAAUCCUCCAAGCUGAAUGGGAUGUGAUGAGAGAUGAAGGGCUUGUUAAAGGAGAACGGGUACCUCAUGGGAAGACUUCAGUCCUUACAGGCUCUUCAGCUUUACGGCAUCGGAUAUCUCGAUUCUUGGACGACACGACUUUCCUGCCACGACUACCAGAAUACAUGCCAGGUCCAUCAACCACGCCACAUGUAGACCGUAACAUCAACCAGCCAAGAAAGUCCUACGAUAUCAUUAUUGCACCGCAUACACUGUUCCCCCUCAAAGAAGACUUCCGGCGCAAGAAUAUGGUUCAGAAUCUGUGGUCUCUCCUAGAUCCUAAUGGUGGUGUUUUGAUUAUCAUUGAGAAAGGACUACCUCGUGGAUUCGAGGCCAUUGCCGGCGCUCGCUCUCUCCUGCUCGAUUCACACAUCUCGUCUCCCGGGGAAACCAGCUUUGAGAACGAAAUCCAGUCUCCGAAUUCAGAACAUUCUCGAUUCACGAAAAAGGAGGAGGGCAUGAUCAUUGCACCAUGCACAAAUCAUCUUAAAUGUCCCAUGUACCCGGUACCUGGAUUGAGUAAUGGACGAAAAGACUUCUGUCAUUUUCCCCAGAGAUUUCUUCGUCCGGACUAUCUUCAAAAGGUUCUCGGAGCAAAGAUCCGCAACCACGAAGAUGCCAAGUUCAGUUACAUCGCUGUUCGUCGAGGUGCUGACGCUCGCAAAUCAUCUCCGGGAUUUCUACAAGGCGAGGAGGCAACUUUGCAGUCCCUUGCCGGGUAUGAAGAUCAUGAUCUCCCCGAGUCUGAGGAGAUCGACAGUGAGCCGAGCGGUGUGAACUUUGAACCUAUGAACCUCCCUCGAAUUAUUCUUCCUAGUCUCAAGCGUCGUGGCCAUGUCACUCUCGACCUCUGCACCCCAUCCGGCAAACUCGAACGCUGGACUGUUCCCAGAAGUUUCAGCAAGGCCGCAUACCGCGAUGCACGCAAAUCUAGCUGGGGAGAUCUCUGGGCGUUGGGAGCGAAGACUCGAACAUUUAGAUCACCUCGUCUUGGACGGACUGGUGAGGAUGGAGGCAAGAUCAAGGGUAUCAGAGAUGGAAAAGUGGGCAAGGGAGGCAAGAAGAUGAAGAAGAAGCACUACGAUAUGAUCAUGGGUAAGGAGGGUGUGGCGGAGAUCAAAGAGGCCGGUAUGGCGAGCAGACUGGUCAAGAGGGAGAAGAGAACGAAGGGUGGUCGAAUCUGGAAGGAGCCGAAGCCGCUUGGGGAGGAUGACUUGUAAAAUGGAACGGGUGUAUAAAAGUAUGGUAUGGGAAGGCGUUGGAUGUACAACAUGAUCUCUUCUACUCUGGCCCCACGGAUGAAACUGUAUAAGAUUGUAUUAUAUGGAUGGCACAGGGAGAUGCCAGUCUCAGACCAGAUCUGAAGCAGGCCACGAGGUCAUAAAUUAAAGUCAAAUACCCCUCUUCCAUAU